GGAAACAAGAAGCCAGUAAGAAAACGUGUUGUCAAUCAAAAGCUGGAACAAGAAAAGCACAACAAGGGUCUGAGUCUGGAUCCUCAGAGGAAUCAUCAUCACCAUCAGAACCAGAACCAAAACCAAAACCAAAACCAAGUCUCAACUUCAAGACAUGUAGAAGAAGAAGUAGAGGAAGAAGAAGACCAAGACCAAUCAGAAAAGGAAAAAGAACUGGCCUUUCAUGGACACAACCAUCUAUAUCUCCCACAAGUCCAAGACCAACACCAACUACUGUAUGGAAGAUUAGAUGCACAAAAUCAUCAACAACAACAACAGCCUCCACAGCCCCACAAGAAACGCUCUUACCUACCUUCUUCAUCCUCAUUGGGGCAAAACGUCGAACAUGCGAGAUUGCAAGAAAAAAUGGGAGACACCCAUCAACACCACCAAACAGUAUCGUCAAGAUUGGGUCUAAGAAACGCCGGCGGCGACAUCGUGGAAGUUCACGGAGGCCACAUUGUCCGAUCCACCGGACGGAAAGACCGGCACAGCAAGGUCUGCACCGCGAAAGGCCCGAGGGACCGCCGUGUCCGCCUGUCUGCGCACACGGCGAUUCAGUUCUACGACGUGCAGGACCGCCUCGGCUACGACCGACCCAGCAAAGCUGUCGAUUGGCUCAUCAAAAAGGCCAAGAACUCCAUUGACGAGCUUGCGCAGCUACCCGCGUGGAACCCAACAACUGGUUCAACAGCAAAUGCUAAUUUCGAUCAAGAACAAGCGGUUCAAGCCGCUCAGAAGCAGCGAAAAGAGGAGAACCAAGAUCAGCUUUUUCUUAUCCACCACCAUGACUCUGUGAUGAUGGAUACAGUUGGCGGUUCUUCUUCAACUAGGAGGGCUAUAGCAACUACGAGAUGCGAGAUUCAGAAUCAUCAGCAGCAGCAGCUACAAAUUAGUAGCAACCACAACGAGAAUAGCUCGAGUUUCUUGCCGCCGUCUCUGGAUUCCGAUUCCAUCGCCGACACGAUCAAGUCUUUCUUCCCAAUGGGUGCUUCGGCGGAGCCGAAUUCGUCGGCGAUGCAGUUUCCGAACUUUCCACCGCCCGAUUUGCUGUCGAGAAUGAGCAGUCAGAACCAAGAUCUGAGGCUCUCGCUUCAAUCCAUUCAGGACCCAAUUCUUAUCCAACACCACCACCACCACCACCACAACCAAGCGUCUCAACAUCAGAACCACCAAAACGAGCAAGCCCUUUUCUCUGGAGCCACCACCCAACUGGGUUUUGAUGGGUCUGGCUGGUCUGAGCACCAGUCGGCGGAGAUUGGGAGGUUUCAGAGAAUGGUUGCUUGGAAUAGUACCGGUGGAGACGCCGAGAACAGUGGUGGUGGAGGAGGAUUUAUCUUUAAUUCGCCGCCAACGUCGCCGUUGCUGCAGCCGUUGUUCGGCCAGAACCAGAUGUUUUCUCAGAGGGGACCCCUUCAGUCCAGUAACACACCUUUGGUUCGUGCUUGGAUAGACCCGUUUUCCAUUUCUACCACCACCACCACCGCACAUCAGCACCACCACCAUCAAACACUUCAGGUCCAUCCAUCAUCCAUGUCCGGCAUUGGGUUCGCCCCAGGAGGCGAAUUCUCCGGAUUUCGGAUCCCAGCACGAAUUCAAGGUGAAGAAGAGGAACACGAUGGCAUUUCCAAUCAGCCAUCUUCUGCUUCCUCUGACUCUCGCCAUUGAGUGAGCUUAAAGACUAAAACUCUCUCUCUCAAGCAGAACUCAAUCCAUUAUCAACUACAGCAACCUAGAAUUUGCUUGUAUGCUGCUAUUGCUGUUAGCAGGCAAGGGAGAGAGAUUUUGGUCUGUUCAAUCAAUGGCCGCUACAGUGGGAAGAAGAAAUCUGAGUGUAUUUCAGGUUUUUUUUAGUUCCCGGUUUGCUUCAAUUUUAGUUAUUUAUGUUUUAAUUUGCUGUUGAAAUGUGCUCUUGGAGCUCAACUUUGUUAUAUUCUACGUUGGAUUGCUUUGCUUUAA